AUGCGUCUAUCGGGCUUGCAGAAGGAGGUGCUGGCGCUGUAUCGCCAGUGCCUUCGCGAGUGCAGAAAGAAGCCUCAGAAUACCCGCGCUCACUUUGAAAAGUUUGUGAGGGACGAAUUCUCACGCAACUUGGCCGUCGAAAAGCGCGACUUUGCCGCCAUCGAGUUCCUGCUCCGCAAAGGCCAUCGGCAGCUCGACGUCUACUCCUCGCCUGGUAUCAAGGAUAUCAGCGUUGUAAUGCCAUCGUUCCAAAGGCAGCGGCCAAAAUCCCGUGUCAUUAUUCUUUCCAAACGUUCGAGCCGGGCGCAUACGCCGAUUCGCAAGGCUUCUCCCCCAAUGGCAUCUCCUGGAUCGGUAUAUAGCAGCGACACUGGGAUGGCUUCUGAGCAGCCGUAUGCUGAGAUGCCAUCCAAUGAGACACAUAAAUCGCCUCCAGACGUUGCUCGCCGCGACCAGCCCUGCAUUCGCCCAGCUUAUGACAUAAGAACCGCCUUCCGAGGCGUCAGUAUCAAGUCUCUCGACGGAGCGUCUUCCUUUGACCAAUCUUGGGUGCCAUCUGAACCAUCAGUUGAUUUGGAUUCCUUCCCACUGCCUCCUGCGAAAGACCCUCCGCAGCAGUCUGAAUACAACGUCAACCCUUUGAGUAUUCCUGCAAAACCAUCACGAAGCCAUAUACCAACGCUUCAAAAACCCGGGACGUCGACUUGCUCUGCAAGGACCGGCUUUUCACCCCCUCCGGUUCGACGGAAAGCUCACAUGCGUAUGCAUAGAGGCCCUCGUUCGUCGCAUAGUUUGCUUCUUGACGGCGCGGCUGAUUUUGCGAGCGCAUCGAAGCAUACGUCUAUCGACUCUGCUCUCGUCGAAGCCAUCUCGCGAAGCGUGUGCCAGCAACUGCGACUUUUUUCAGCCAUAUCAAAGAAUAACCAAGCAAGAAGCUUUUCGCGGCCAUUCAGAGAGCCAUCAUACAGCCAACAGGGCAAUCACUCACGGGCAUUCAACCAGCCAGAUCUGUCAGACAAGCUCGCAGGACGACAUGGACAAGCCCGGCGACCUAAGCAUUUAUGGCAGCACAUGAAUCCACCAGCAACACCAACAAAGUCUAAUAUAUCGUUACAUACAGUAUCCCCAUUGAUGCCCUUUCGUCCAGAGUUUAAGGCAGCAGGAUUAGCAGUGACAUCGAAGGACCAGAAGCGCGGCUUUCCAGCCUAUAUUGCAAGACUCAUCUCGACAAGGUCAACCCAGAGACGUGCCAAUCGCUCCGGUAGCAAACACUCAAAGGUGCCGAAAUUCGAUGGCCUCGAAGAAGAGGACUCCAGCGGGAGCUCAAUGAGCCAGAUAUCAUUUGCCCCUUCACAAGACAUGGAUGAGUGGAGGUUCGCGCUCAUCGACGAGGCGCCUGUUCGAAAACAGAAGAGGCGGGCCGCAAAGGACAAGGGGAAAAGAAAGCGGCAUUGGUUUCCUUGCUUCACCCGGGAUGAAGAUUCUGUUGCGGAUGGGUCAUAG